AUGGAUGUGGAUGGGAGCUCCUUGAGUGAACGCAGUGCUAAACGGACACAUUCAGCGUCUGCUUCACAAUCAACCACACCAACGGCACAAAAAACGGACACCACAGUCACGAAGCAAAGCUCUAAGGCCAAACAAAGACUACAACGCAGCUUGACAUUGGAAGAACGCCUAGAUGGGCUGCGACAAGUCAACUUGGACGGCAUGGAAGGUCAGGCUAUCCUGGUCGAUUUGGGUAUGGCGUACAGCUUUCAAGGCCAACAAGGGGGGAACACGACCCAUGCCUCUAUUAUCUUGAACCAUAUUCUGGAUAUGCUGGCAGACAACCUAAAGAACGCGGAGGAGACGAUUCGCCUUCUUCCUUUGUCUGACAGUGCUUACAAGAAGUCUAAGCAGUGGAUUCAAACGGAGGGAGUUUCCCAAAACGAAUAUGCACAAAUCGGAGACAAAAAAAGAACAACGCAGAAGCAAAUGCAAAUGACCUUUCACUACAGAAGAUGA